AUGGAGCUGACUCCACUGCUGAAGCGUAUCGGAUCGCUGAUCCUGCAUCAAUGGCUGCUCAUCGGGAUCGGGAUCGUCUGCGCCCUGGCGUACUGCUUCCCGAACGUCGCCAAGCACGGGGGCGUGAUCCGCUCGGAGUACAGUAUCAUGUACGGGGUGAUUGCGAUCAUUUUUCUGAUCUCCGGCUUGAGCAUCCCGCGUCAGAAGCUGUUUUCGCAGUUUUUGAAUUGGCGGCUCCACCUCGUCGUCCAGGUCAUUUCGUUCCUGUUCAUUCCCGCCUUGGUGCUGGCUGUUGUGCACAUUAUCCUCGCUGGUGAUCCGCAGGGACAUAUUGAUCGCGCGGUGCUGGCGGGGUAUAUCUUCACGGCGUGUAUCCCGACGACGAUCGCGUCCAAUGUUGUCAUGACGAGAGCGGCGGGCGGAGACGAUGCGGCGGCUUUGGUGGAGGUGCUGCUGGCAAAUGUUCUUGGGCCUUUUGUGACGGCUGCUUGGACUGUUGCGUUGAUUCCCAAAGAUGCCGCGUUCGACCCGUGGCGGUAUGGGGGCGGUAGUCUGGGGAUCAUGUAUAAAGAAGUGUUUCAGCAGCUGGGGCUCAGUGUCUUGCUGCCGCUGUUUGUGGGACAGCUGGUCAGAUGGACUUGGCCUGACCGUACUGCGGCCGUGCUUCUGAAGACCAAGCUCCCCAAGCUGGCUACUGUGUGUAUGCUGUUGUUGAUAUGGUGCACAUUCUCUUCGUGCUUCGCAACAGGGGCCUUGCAAUCUCUUUCCACUCAGAGUGUGGUAUUCGUAGUCCUGUUCAACAUUGCAUUGUACAUCACCUUGACGGCAGUCUGCUUCUUUGGCUCAAGACCACCCCAAGUCUUCGGUUCUCGGCCUUGGUCCAAACCCAUCUUCAAACGCAUGUCUCCCGAGGAAACAAUCGCCGUCUGUUUCUGUGGCCCGGCGAAGAGCACAGCCCUCGGCAUUCCGCUGUUAUACGCAAUGUGGCAGCCCGUGGAUUUGUUCACGAAAGCGAAGACCUCUGUGCCGGUGCUGUUAUAUACCACGGAGCAGAUCUGCGUGGCGCACUUCUUUGUGCAACUCUUCAAAAGAUGGCACGCAAAGAUUCUGGAAAAGGAGCAUACCGAUGAAAACCUUACCGGUAGUGUGGAGAUGGAGACGACUGGGGUGACCGGCGAUAUCCACGAAAAUCAACCUGGACAUCGACAUCGGCUCAUUACUGUUUGA